AUGCCUCGCGACACCUCCGCGGCAUCGCCAGUCUCCUCCGGUCUUGCCACAGCAUCGCCGCAGAGAUUACCAUCACCAUCUCGAGACCCAGCGCCGCAUAGCUCACCCAUCAUGGACGCUAUAUCGAUCGAGGAGGCCAACAAGAUCCGGGUGGCCAUGGGCAUGAAGCCCCUUCCGGUCCCCGGCAAGGAAGACACCUCUGGCCCCGUCUUCAAGGAACCCAGUGCCGACUCCGACGAUGAUGAUCCCGCAAGCACGCUCGAGACUCGGUCCGCCGCCGCCUACGACAACUGGAAGCAGAUCGAAGAGGAGAAGGCGGCCAAGGCGAAGCUGCAGGCCAAGAAGGAUGCGAUCAAGAAAGCUCGUGACCAGGCGCAGCGGUUCGCCAAGCUCGAGGGUCAGGGCCUGGGCGAGGGCGAUGAUGUGGACGCAAAGACGUGGCUGGCGGGACAGAAGAAGAGGCAGAAGAAGAUUGACAAGGCCCGGAAGCUCGAGCAGGAACUUGCUGAACAGGAGGCUGCGCUGCAGGCUGAGUACACCGCGAAAGACUUGGCCGGUGUCAAGGUGGCGCACGAGUUUGAUCAGCUCGGCGAGGGCGAGGAGCACAUUUUGACGCUCAAGGAUACCGCUGUCGACGACGAUGAAGCCGGAGAUGAGUUGGAAAAUCUUGGUCUUGCCGAAUCUGAGCGGGUGAAGGAGCGCCUCGACUCGAAGAAGAGGAAGCGCGCGUACGACCCGAACGAUAUCGACGAAUCCGGCCAGCCAUCUAUCCUCGCUCAGUAUGACGAGGAGAUUGACGGCAAGAAGCGAAAGGUCUUCACUCUUGACGGCCAGGGCAGAACUGUGGAAGAAACUCAGAAGAUCAAGAAUGAUGGAACCCUUGGCCAGUCAAAGAUCAAGAUCAACCUGGACCUCUUGCAGGACGAUACUCCCAUCUCGGACUACGUUGAUCCUUCUGAGGUCAAGAUCAAGAAGCCCAAGAAGAAGAAGGAAAAGAAGUCCAGAAAGAAGGCCGUUGACGAUGACGACAUCUUCCCGAUGCCGGCGCCCGCUGCACCCAAGGAAACCGGCGGAAUGGAGGUCGAUCCUGCGGGGCCGGCGCCAAGGAAGAAAAUUGUAGAGGAUUUCAUUGACGACGAGGACCUACAAGCAAACCUUGCCAUGCAGAGGCGAGCUGCUUUGAAGAAGAGAAAGAAGAUGAGGCCCGAGGACCUUGCCCGGCAAUUCCGUGAGGAGGCCUCGGCAACCCCGGAUGUCAUGGACACUGUCGAAGCCCCGGAAGAUGAACCCGGUCUUGUCAUUGAUGAAACUUCGGAGUUCGUUGCCAAUCUUCAAGGACCAACAGAGCGACCGGAACGCCAACGUAACAAGUCCUCUCAGCCCCGGAGCCGCGCGGUCUCCGAAGCCGCCAAUGGUGUCGAUGAGGAGGGCGAUGUCAACAUGGAUCAGUCAUACGCCGAGGUUGAGGAGGCACAAGAACGUGCAGCCCGCAAGGCAAGGAGCGAGUCGGUGCCGGAGCUUACCACCACUGGCCUUGAAGAAGAGGAGACGGUUGAUCGCGGUAUUGCCGCAACCCUCAACCUCCUCAAGCAACGUGGCCAAAUCGCCGAGAUGAACGGUGGCGAGCUCAACCACAGGCAUAUCGAGCACCAGCGCUUCCUGGCUGAGAAGUCGAAGAUGGAAUUGGACGCCGAGGUGCGCGCCAAGUUGCAACGUGAGCGCGAUCGCCGCUCGGGCCGCCUCGAACACAUGUCGGCGCGCGAGCGUGAAGCCAUGGCUCAGAAGGCAAACCAGGAUCGUGACCGCCUCGAGUCGCGUAAGAUGGCCGAUAUUUUCAACAAGGAGUACAAGCCAAAUGUCGAGCUCAAGUACAUUGACGAGUUUGGCCGUCGCAUGAACCAGAAGGAAGCCUUCAAGCACCUCAGUCACCAGUUCCACGGAAAGGGCUCUGGCAAGCAGAAGACGGAGAAGCGCCUCAAGAAGAUUGAAGAAGAGAAGCAACGGGAGUCGAUGAGCAGUAUCGACUCUAGCCAACACACAGCCAUGAACACGGCGAUGGAUUCUACAGCAAAGAAGAACAGGCAGGCUGGUGUGCGCUUGCAGUAG